UUUUUAUCAGUGCUACUUUGAGUUAGGAAGUAAUCUAGACACAGCUGCAUGUGGUAACAGUUACAGCCCAAACUGAAUGUAUCAUUUCAUCUCUAUUUAAGAAGAAUGGAUUCACUACAUCAUCAAAGUCACUUCAAAAAGAUUUAAUUCAAAGACAGCAGUGAACUGGCAAGGAAGUUAUUUCUUCUUAAAAUGCAGUCUUGCUUUAAACAGAUUUCUUAAAGGAAAUGAAAUAAGUUCAAAUCAUUGGGAAGAAUGGACAUAUGAAGUUUAAAAGUUGUACUGAAAGCAACAAGCCUGAAUCUGAAAUCCAGAUGGACAAGUUGUGACAAUUUACUUUGAACAAACUACAACUUUAUUUUUCAGUAGUCAACGAAAUGAAGACAGCUCAUCUCACCUGGACAUUCUGAAUGUGAAUUUAUUAAGCUGGCAAUCUGGUUUCUUAGAGAUCACCCACGCAGAUUUUCUCUAAAGAGAACGUUUCAAGAAAGUAACCACUUUUCUCUGUUAAGAGUAGCUGGCAAACUUUAAAGACAACAUUGCAUCAAAGCUUUUACCGGAGAGGCGGUAGCUGCACCUUUCUGCCCUGAGUGGGGGUAGAUUGCGGGGACUGAAGGCAAACCCUAACGGGACUCUUCCUGCCGGACAAAAUACGUUUUAGAUAGUUCCCUGCCCAGCGCCAGGAUGUCUGGUUUUCUCCGGGUAUGCUCGCUGAUGAUCUCCCUACUGAAUGUCAUUUACUGUUUGCCCCCGCCGUCUGGGGAAGGUGGUUCGACCCUCGCUGUAGUAUUUGAUGUCACCGGCUCAAUGUAUGACGAUUUACAACAGGUAGUGGAAGGCGCAUCUCGCAUCCUGGAGAAGACACUGAGUAGUAGAGAAAAAGCCAUUCACAACUUGGCACUUGUACCAUUUCACGAUCCAGAGGUUGGACCAGUCAUGAUUACUGAGGAUCCUAAAGAGUUCCAGAAGGAGCUUCGUGAGCUAUACGUUCAGGGGGGUGGAGACUGUCCAGAGAUGAGUAUAACUGCAAUCAAACUAGCCAUGGAGGUGUCUUUGCCAGGAUCUUUCAUUUAUGUUUUUACAGAUGCUCGUGCAAAGGACUACAAACUUACACAAGAUGUUCUGCAGAUGAUACAACUGAAACAGUCACAGGUUGUUUUUGUGCUAACAGGUGACUGUGGCAGCCGAACACAUGCUGGAUAUAAGGCGUAUGAGGAGAUUGCAGCCACAAGCUCGGGGCAGAUCUUUCAUUUGGAUAAGCAGCAGGUUGAUGAGGUGCUGAAGUGGGUAGAACAGGCAGUGCAGGCCUCAAAGGUCCACCUACUAUCUACAGAUCAUGAAGAUGGAGGGGAGCACACAUGGAAGGUGCCCUUUGACCCCAGUCUUAAGGAAGUAACCAUCUCUCUGAGUGGACUUGCACCAGUAAUAGAAGUCAGAGAUCCAUCUGGACAACUUGUACUGACAGGUCAGGGUCUGAACAAUUUGUUGGAUCUUCCAAAUUCCGCCAAAGUGGUUAAUACAAAAAAGCCCAUGCCAGGACUCUGGACCAUCAAGCUAAAGAGCAGUGGCCGUCACUCAGUGAGAAUCACAGGGGUCAGCUCUCUGGAUUUUAGAGCUGGAUUUGCAACAAAAGACACCACAGAUUUCAGUAAAACCAGUAGACGGCCAGUUCAAGGAGCCUCAGUGUUCAUGCUGCUUAACUGUACCGGACUGAAGCCCCCAGGACAGAUACAGCUUGUGGAGUUUAUCAGCACUUCUGGACAAUCACUGAAGUCCAUGUCAGUCAACAGCUCUUCUCUUACUACCUCCAGUCACCUAUGGAGUGUCUCAGAUUUUGUUCCACCAAGGGAGAACUUCUUCCUGAAAGUGACUGGUAAUGACAGACUAGGCUAUGCAUUCCAACGUCUCUCCAGUGUCUCUUACUCAAGUAUUAGUCCACGGCCACCAAUAGUGACAAUGCCCCGGAAGAUCCAGGGAUUUUAUUUACAACCACUAACAGUUUUUUGCUCAGUGGACAGUGACAUUGCAUAUACACUGAGGAUUCUCAAGGAUGGAAAACGUCUAGAGCAGGAUCGCAUCUAUGAUGAAUCUAUUAAUGCCACAUGGGAAAUUCCUGAAGCAGCUGGUGUGGAUGAAGGCCUUUACGAAUGUGUUGCAGUUAGCAGUGCAGGAACAGGGCAAGCCUACACCUAUGUUGCUAUCACAGAGCCUCCACCCAGUAUGGGGCCUAGUCAAAAUAUAACAGCAUUGCUUCAUGAGCGAAUCAUCUUGUCAUGUCCUGUCCGAGGGACUGUCCGCUAUAACAUGACAUGGCUACAUGAAGGAAAAGAACUUCCAGCAAAUUCAGAAAGGGUGAGAGUCUCCCCAGACUUAUCACUGGAGAUUAUAAGAGUACAGCCUCAAGACUCUGGACAGUACGUAUGCAUUGCCAGCAAUCACCAUGGUUCCAGUAGGAGCUCCAUCUGGCUCUUCAUUUUAGAGGCCCCGCGUGCAUUUGUCAGUCCCAUUUCACAGAGCUUUGUCACAGGAGCAGAUGUGACAAUCACCUGUUCUGCGUCUGGUUACCCAGUUCCUCAGAUCAUUUGGGAAUUUGAAAAUGCCUUCUUCUUGAGAAGCUACAGGCAUCCUGUAAAUGAGCAAGGUACCCUGACCAUAAAGAAUGCUGCCAAAGAAGAUGCUGGAAGAUACACAUGCAUUGCUUCAAACAGUGGAGGAGCAGACAGGCAGUCUAGUACAUUGUUGUACACAGAGCCUCCAGUUAUCACAGUGGCAAAACAAAACGUACUGGUUGCAGCUGGAGAUGAAGCUAUUCUGAAGUGCUUUGCCAGUGGCAUUCCCCAUCCAGUUGUUAGGUGGUAUAAAGGGAAGGAAUUGGUGAGAUACGGAGAGUUUGGCACACACCAGAGUACUCUACAAUUCAGGGAGACCCAACCAAAAGACACUGGACGCUAUACAUGUGUUGCCUCCAAUGAAGCAGGCAAUUCUUCAGCUGUGAUCAUUCUGGAUAUUGGGAGGGCUCCUGCAUUCUCUAAGGUGCCAUCAGACGUCUCUGUAGAUAUUGGUGGUAGUAUUGCACUAACGUGUGCUGCUGAUGGACUCCCACCACCAAAGAUCACAUGGCACAAACAAGACGGAAAGCCUGUUUUUUCCAGUGAUGGAUCCCUGAGUUCAGCGAAACAACUGCAGUCAGACAACUUGUUCAUAAAAAAUGUCUGGGCACAUGAUGAUGGUGUCUUUAUCUGUGAAGCACAAAACCAGUUUGGGACUAUCCAAGCUGAAGCAAGAGUCACAGUGACUAACCUAGUUGUUCCAAUCAUUGCAGCCAGUGCUUCCACAGUGAAUGUUCUGGAAGGUCAAUCCUUCACAUUACUAUGUACAGUUCUGGCAGGAAAUCCACCUCCGAGCCAACGCUGGUCAAAAGAUGGAACACCACUGGCUUCAAACAGCCGUAUGACCGUUCAACGGGAUGGAAGCUUUCACAUAGCAGAAGCUUUGCCAAAGGAUGCAGGAAACUACGUUUGUGAUGUCACCAGUAUUGCUGGUUCUUCUAAUAAGUCCAUCACUGUCCAUGUACUUGUCUUACCAACUAUUUAUACUGGGCCUUCCCACUUCACCACAAAUGAGGGUGUAGACGUUACCUUGCCAUGUGAUUCCAUUGGAUUUCCUGAACCAUCCGUGGUGUGGUCUAAGGGAAGAAAAGCCAUUUCCAGUGGUAGUGCCAACUAUUACAUUACAGCAGCAGGAAGUCUUGUUAUAACUGCACCAUCAUUGGAAGAUUCUGGUGUCUAUGUGUGCAGAGCAACAAAUGCAGCCGGUUUUGCAAGCCAAGAAGUACACCUUUCCAUUUACACCAAACCCAGAAUUGGUGGAAGUACUCCAGAAAUGGUUAACAGCCCAUUAGAAAUCAUUGCAGCUGCUGGCACAGAGGUUAUACUUCCUUGCGAGGCAGAAGGCUCUCCAUCCCCUCUAAUGUCAUGGACCAAAGACUCUCGUCCACUUUUACUGAGAUCAGCAAGAUACAAUCUCCUUCCUUCAGGGUCAUUGAUUAUUUCUGAAACCAGAUUGAAAGACAAUGGAGUAUACACAUGUUUUGCAGAAAAUCCAGCUGGAAAUGCCUCUGUCAGCUACUACUUGAAGGUUCAAGUUUCUCCAAAAAUUCGCCCAUACCCAAAGAUACUGAAGGCAUUAGUGGGGCAGACAAUCAACCUUCCGUGUGUGGCUUAUGGUGAUCCAGUUCCUAAGUUCAAGUGGUACAAGGAUGAUGAACCACUCCACACUGCACAAGAACUGUCCCAAGAAGGACCUGAUGGUACAGUCAAAAUCGCUCCUGUCCAGCUUUCAGAUGCAGGGAAAUAUGUCUGUGUCGCUACUAAUGGUGCUGGACGGGAUGCAAGUGAUAUUACCUUGCAAGUGCUAGAACCCCCAGUUUUUGAGGAUUCCGAUGAUACAGUUCUUGAACAGAAGGCUCAUGAAAAAGUUAUUUUAAAUUGUGUCAUCAGAGGCACUCCACCACCUGUAAUUCAGUGGAUAAGGAAUGGUCUGGAACUUUCUGGUAAUGAAGCAGGUAUUGCUGUACUGGAAAAUGGGUCUCUUCUGAUUGGUUUAGUUUCCUCCUCAGAUGCUGGAGAUUAUGUAUGCAGAGCAACCAAUGAAGCUGGUUCUGCUCAAAAGAAGUACAGGAUGAAAGUGUUAGCACCACCUGAGAUUAAGGAUGACGGCCAGCCUCAGAACAUCUCUGUACUGAUCCAUCUGCCCCUGACCCUAGGCUGCUAUGCUACGGGCAUCCCAAGUCCAGCCAUAACGUGGUAUAAGAACGGGCAACCGGUUUCCAGAGCUCAGGGAUUACAGAUUCUAAAUGAGGGCACCACUCUUAAUAUUUACAGAGUUCAGACAGAAGAUUCUGGAACAUACUCGUGCAAGGCAGUUAACAAACUUGGGGAAGAUGAGAGACAUUUUGAUGUCCUUGUUGCUGUUCCUCCUACAAUUCAUGGAUUUGGUAGACUGCAAGAGAUCUCUGCUGCACUUGGUUCUCAAGUGGAACUGCGCUGUCAGGCUACAGGGAUCCCACCUCCUUUUAUUGAGUGGAUUAAAGAUGGAAAGGCUGUGUCUAAGCUAGACUCUAAUUUAGAGUUUCCAAAUAAUGGACAGGUUAUGAAGAUCAUCUCUUCCCACCCAGGAGACCAAGGAAUGUAUCAAUGCCUUGCAGUGAAUCAAGCCGGCCAGCGUGCUCUUAGCUUCCGAGUCACAAUUAAUGCACAACCUACAAUCCGGGGAUCAAACCAAACAACAGAGCUGAGUGUGCUAUUGAAUGAACAUGCAAAGCUGCAUUGUGAUGUUCAGGGAGCUCCAGUGCCUAGAAUCAGCUGGUUAAAGGACAGUCUCCCCCUUGCGUCAAACUUUAAAACAACUUAUUUGGAAAAGGGGCAGAUUCUGCAGAUUAGCAAGUCUCAGAUAUCCGAUGCUGGUAUUUACACAUGCCGUGCAUCUAACAGCAUUGGAACAGCAGAGAAAAAGUUUAAGCUGAAUGUUUAUGUUCCUCCUAAUAUGGAAGAAAGUAAAGAUGCACUAAAGAAAGUGAGAGUAACAGCCGGGCAGUCACUGGUGCUAAAAUGCUCUCCAACUGGGCAUCCUCCUCCUGUACUUUCCUGGCACAAAAAUGGACUUCGCUUGCUUCCUAGUGAGCAUUUGCAGAUUCUUAGUGAUGGGAAGAUCCUGAAGAUUGACCAGGCCUCAGAGAGUGAUGCUGGCAGUUACAUGUGUUUAGCCAGCAGUACAGCAGGGGAGCAAGAACUAGAGUAUUCAGUUGAAAUUCAAGUUCCUCCGCAGGUGCUCACAGGCAAAGAAGAUGGCUUUGUGACAGCAAUAGUACACAGUUCACUGGAGCUCACCUGCCAUGCAGUGGGACAUCCCCCACCAGAGAUUAAGUGGUUUAAGAACAGUCAGCCAAUUGAAAUACACACCGAUAUGUGGACAUCUGCUGAUGGACGUAUUCUUACAAUUAAUCCAGUAAAAAAUGACCAUGCAGGAGAGUACAUGUGUACAGCAAGUAAUGAGGCAGGAGAUGCCAGUGGAGAGUUUUCUGUACUGGUACAAGAACCUCCGUCAGUGACAGUUGUUGGGGAUAAAACUGUUUUUGCACUGCUUGGUUUCCCUGUGACUCUUCAGUGUUCAUCGACUGGGCUUCCUCCUCCUACAUUCACCUGGAUGAAAGAUGAUAUACUUCUGUCUGCAUCUGGUAACAGCCUUCAGAUAAAGAAGGCAAGUUUGUCUGAUGAAGGUAAUUACUCCUGCAUCGCAACAAAUGCUGCUGGUGAGGAUCGACAAGAGGUGGUGCUGGCUAUUCUGGUGCCGCCUAACAUUGAACCCACAGAUGUAAACCUAACAGUCAGAGAAAGGCAUACUGCGUUAUUUGAGUGCCUGGCAUCUGGGACACCCUUACCAGAGAUAUCAUGGUACAAAGGAAGCCAUCUGCUUUCUGUGGGGCCAAGGAUUUCCUUCUUUAAAGGUGGAAGACAGCUGACAAUCAAUGAUGUACAGAUUUCAGAUGCAGGAAGCUAUCGCUGUGUAGCAUCUAGUACCGUGGGAAGGACUGAACUGUGGUACAGCCUUCAGGUCAAUGUACUCCCAGUAGUAGAGGUGCUGCAGAACUCCGUGAUUGUUCUGGUCAGUCAGCCAGUUCUUUUGGAGUGUGAUGCCACUGGUGUUCCUGUACCAACAGUGACAUGGCUAAAGGAUGGCAUUCCUAUUUCAACAGUAACUAAUGGAUUACAGGUUCUGUCCAAUGGAUGGACGCUGUCUAUUGAGAAAGCUCGCAUUUCUGAUUCAGGCACGUAUUCCUGUAUUGCCAGCAAUACUGAGGGAGAGGACAGCCAAGAUAUCACCUUGCACGUUCAGCUUUCCCCAAGCAUAUUAGGAGAAGAGCAGAAUGUUUCAGCCUUGGUCAACACUUCCUUGACCCUGGAGUGUCAGAGCCACGCAAUCCCACCUCCCACCCUUCAGUGGUUGAAAGAUGGACACCCACUCGUUUUAAGGAAAGGUGUCGGUAUCACACAAGAUGGUAGCCUUCUUCAGAUUGAAAGAGCGCAAGUUAAGGAUGCUGGACGAUAUACUUGUGAAGCAAGAAACAAUGCUGGACAGACAGAGAAACACUUUAAUUUAAAUAUCUGGGUUGCACCAUUUUCCUCCUCUUCAACCAACAUCAUUACUUUGACAGUAACCGAAGGUCAUAUAGCCAACCUGGCCUGUGAGUUUGAUGGAAUCCCUUCCCCUUCUCUUACCUGGAAAAAAGAUGGGGUUCCCUUGUCUGGAAACAACACCAGCCGAGUGCUCGUGCUCUCAGGAGGAAGACUGCUGCAGAUACUGAAGGUCCAGGCUACAGAUAAGGGGUCUUAUACUUGUGAAGGAACGAACAUUGUAGGAACCAACCAUAUAGACUAUACUCUAGAGGUGCAUGUUUUGCCAAGGAUUGAAAAUGGCAGCAAAUGGCCAACUGAUAUUUCAGCAAACAAGGGUGCUACAAUGAUGUUAGAGUGUAAAACCACUGGGAUACCUCAACCAGUAGUGACAUGGCUAAAAGAUGGUCGACCUUUACCAGCCAGGCAACGCUUCUCCAUUCAGAAUGCAGGACAGUUACUACAGAUUCGCCAGGCCGAUGUCCAUGAUGCAGGUCGUUAUACCUGCAGAGCAUUGAAUGUUGCAGGUCAAGCAGAGAAGAAGUUUGAUUUGACUAUCCAGGUUCCCCCCUUCCUCACUGGGGUUUCAGAUGCACCAGAAAUAGUUACAGCCCUUCUACACAGCCCCUUGACCCUGAUGUGUGAAGCUACGGGGAACCCACCACCUAUCAUAAACUGGUUUCGGAAUGGAUCACCUAUCAGACCAAGUGAAGAAUUGCAGCUCCUUUCAGGUGGGCGCUGGCUGAAACUGACACAUGUGCGAAAUCAUGAUGAUGGAAACUACACCUGUGUCGCCAGCAGUGCAGCUGGAAAAGUCGAGAAGAAUUUCAUGGUGGAUGUAUGGGUUCCUCCUAGCAUUGAAGGUGAAGAUGAAGUUGAAAACCUAAAGGUGAAAGCAGAGCAGUCCAUCAAUCUGACCUGCAGAACAAUUGGUAAUCCAAAACCAAAGAUCACUUGGCUUAAAGAUGGUUCUGUGUUAGUGGACCAAGGCAGCCAUCAUCUGUCAUCAGAUAGCUCCGUUCUGCACAUUACAAAUGCUACCCUAUUUUACAGUGGCCAUUACACUUGCAUGGCAUCUAACAGCAUAGCUGACAGAACAAAACACUAUCAGAUUAACGUCCUAGUAAGCCCUACAAUACCUGGUGUGACUCAGGAUGAUGCUACAGAAGAUGUUGUUGUGAUCCUCAAUAACCCAACAUCCCUGAUUUGUGAAGCUUUAGCCUACCCUCCCCCUACUGUCACCUGGCUAAAAGAUGGUUCUCCCUUCCUGGCUUCUAGAAACAUACGCAUUCUUCCAGGGGGAAGAGGACUGCAGAUCCUGAAUGCCCAGGAAGAGGAUGCUGGAAGGUACACCUGCAUAGUUACAAAUGUAGCUGGAGAAGCUGUGAAGAACUAUGAAGUGAAGGUCUUCAUCCCCCCUCAGAUUCUGAAAGGUGAUCAGUUGCUCGACAGUUUCGGUGCCAGAGAGGUGAAAUUGAAAAUAAACAGCACCCUGACUUUACAGUGCGACUCCAGGGCUGUACCAGCCCCAACAUUACGCUGGUACAAGGAUGGACUGUUGCUGGAAGAUAAUGUCCAUCUCCAAAUUGAGGAUGAAGGCAAAAUUCUAAAAAUUAAGCACACAAAAAUAACUGACACUGGUCGUUACACUUGCAUAGCAACAAAUGUGGCCGGAGAAGAUGAGAAGGACUUUGAUGUAAACAUUCAAGUACCCCCUGUAUUCCAGAAAAUAAAUGGAGGACAUGCUGCUUGGGAGGCAGCGUAUCGUGAGAAUGAUUACCACGAUAUUAUCGAACGUCGUGAGGUUACGACUGGUGAUUCUGUUUCAUUAUACUGUGAUAGUAAUGCCAUUCCACCUCCAAAGCUUACAUGGUACAAAGACAACAAACCUCUCUCUGCUGCUAGUGAAGGAGUACUGAUAUUACCAGGUGGGCGCCUGUUGCAGAUCGCAUCAGUGAGACCAGAGGAUUCUGGGACAUAUACUUGCAAAGCUGUCAAUGAAGUGGGAGAGAACAACCUUCACUAUGAAUUGUCAGUUCUAAGUAUCCCUGUGAUACAUGGAGACAAAGACUUUGCAGAAGAAGUGGUCGUAACUGUCAACAGUACAGCUCAACUGCACUGCAAAGCUGUUGGUAACCCUGAGCCAGUGAUAUCCUGGCUAAAAGAUGGACUUCCCCUCAAUACAAGUCACAGACAUCGGAUACUAAAUGGAGGACAAACAUUAGAGAUCUUGGCUGUGCAUCUUCCUGAUGUUGCUGGUUAUGUCUGUGUAGCAGAAAAUCGGGCAGGUUCAACAGAGAAACUAUUCACUCUGACUGUACAAGUUCCACCCAGGAUUAUUGGAGAAAAAUCUGAACAGGCAAGUGUGAUAGUGAAGAAUGUGGUUUCGCUGACAUGUGAUGCCUAUUCUUACCCACCCCCAGAAAUUACAUGGUUCAAGGGCGGAAGGCCUUUCCAGCCCAGCGUGGAUUCCCAUUUCUUAAACGGUGGACAAGUCCUACAGAUUUCUCAAGCUAAACUUACUGAUGCAGGAGAAUAUGUCUGUGUGGUGACAAACCCAGCUGGGAAGGAUGAAAAGCAUAUUCAUCUAAAUGUCUAUGCCCCACCCACUGUAAAGGAACAGUCUGACAAACGGCAGGAGGUAAUCGUUAUGAGGAAAGGGGAAACUGUUGAACUGCACUGUGAGUCUGAUGCUGUACCAGAACCCACAAUUAGUUGGUAUAAGAAUGGACACCAGGUGGUGACAGUGAGUGAGGCUCGAACCUUGUCAUCGGGUCAGAUGUUGAAGAUUCAAGACAUUCAGAUGUCUGAUGGUGGGCUUUACGUCUGCAAGAUUACAAAUAUUGCAGGGCAAGCAGAGCAAGCCUUCCAGCUGAAGGUUCAUGAUCCACCAACCUUUGAAGAUUUCAAUGAAGAGCCUGUGAUUCCAAGCUUAGGAGGCCCUGUCACCUUGUCUUGUGAAGCUACUGGUAUACCUACACCAGUCAUCACAUGGAUGAAAGAUGGAAAGCCAAUUGACAACACUAUGGGUUGGAGAUUGGUUUCUGGAGGUAGCAGAUUACAUACUUCCCAACUGAAGGUUACUGAUGAUGGCACAUACACCUGUGUGGCGAAAAACUCCGAGGGAGAGGCACACAAGAGCUACAUUUUAACUGUGCAAGCUGCUCCACGUAUCAAGGCUCAUACAACAGAGUACAGAGUUGUCCUGGGUUACUCAAUUGCCUUACACUGUGAGGCUGAAGGACAUCCCAAACCGAAGGUCACAUGGCAUAAGGAUGGUAGACCAGUUCCUGAGAACUGGCGCAUGAGGAUUUUAGAGAAUGGAACCUUAUGGAUAUCGCAAACAAAGAGUAAUGAUGCUGGGCGUUAUGUUUGCAAAGCAGGAAAUGCAGUCGGCACUUUCAGUCAGGAAAUGAUGCUGAUUAUUAAUGUGUUGCCAGUGAUUUCAACUACUCAGACAGAGCUGUCAGUCAUUAAGGGCUUUCAAGCUGUAUUGCCCUGCACUGCCCAGGGACUGCCUGAACCAAAGGUAUCAUGGGACAAAGAUGGAGCACCAUUACAAGAUAUCAUUGGGAAAUUCACAGUGUUACCAUCUGGAGAUAUGAUACUAGAAAACGUCAUGCCAGAAGAUAGUGGCAACUACACGUGCACUGCAGUAAAUGCAGCUGGGAAGGCCAGGCAUUCGAUAUACCUCACCAUCCAGGUUCCUCCCACAUUUACUGAAGUACCUGGAGAUAUGUCUUUGAACAAGGGGGAAAGGCUUGUCCUGACCUGUGCUGCUAAAGGAAACCCUCUCCCUGUCAUCAGCUGGACUUUCAACAACAGACAAGUGGCAGGAAUCUCUGAGAAGGAAGGCCGCAGUACCUUGGAAGUAAAAGAAAUAUCAAAAAGUAAUGCUGGAACCUAUGUCUGCACAGCUGAGAACAGAGUUGGGCUCAUCAAAGCAAUUGGCUUUGUUAACAUCAAAGAAGCACCGGUUCUACGUGGAGAGUUAAAUUCAUACCAGAUGGAGCCACUGGGUGGGAAUGCAGUCCUGAACUGUGAAGUACAUGGUGAUCCAAAGCCAAUUAUCCACUGGAAUAGAAAUAGUAGGCCUUUACCUGUUAAUAGCCACAUGCGUCAGCUAUCCAAUGGAUCCUUGAUCAUCUACGGCACAGAGAACAGUGACGCUGGGGAAUACAGGUGUGUGGCAGAGAACGAGGUGGGAGUCGUAGAGAAAAAGGUCACCUUAAUGUUACAGAGUGCCCCUUAUUUCACUGUGAAGCCCGUGGACACCAUUGUAAGUGCUGGCGGCCAUGUCUCAUUGCAUUGCCAAGCUGCUGGAGAGCCGUCACCCGCUGUUGAAUGGACUUGGGAGGGAAAGCCUCUUCAUGAGAGCGAUCGUGUUACAAUUCUGCCCAAUGCUACCUUGCGGAUUGCUGCUGUGGAGAUAGAUGAUAUGGGAAAGUAUGAAUGUGUGGCCCGCAAUCUCAUGGGAUCAUCUUUCAUGGGAAUCACACUAACGGUACAAGUUCAUGGUGGCUUUUCUGACUGGCUGGAGUGGGGACCUUGUAGUGUUUCAUGUGGCCAAGGAGUUCAAGAACGAAUCCGUCUCUGUAACAACCCUGUUCCUAUGAAUGGAGGUCAGUCCUGCAAGGGUCAAGAUGUGGAAUCAAGGACAUGUGAAGCAAAACCAUGUCCAGGUAUCAGCAUGAAGGCAAAGGGCAGCCUGAUUGGUAACAUCAAUGAACAGGAAUUUGGUAUUGCAUACCUCAGCGCAAACAUAACCGAGGAUGCAGAAUCAGGGAUCGCCAAGAUUGAAGGGACCUUUCAAAAUAUUCCCCCAAGUGUUGGUCCGUUACUGAGAGUUUUGGUGGCUGUCUUUACUCCACUUUACUGGUCAAUGGCCUACCAGAACAGCAACACUUUAAAUGGAUUCUCCAUGACAAGAGGUAUUUUCCGUCAGGAGUCGCAGAUUGAAUUCAGCACAGGAGAAGUUCUUCGAAUAACUCAUAUUUCAAGAGGGCUAGAUGCGGAAGGAACUCUGCUAUCAGAUACUGUCAUAAAUGGAUUUGUACCGAAGUCUUUGACGAAUGCAGCUGUGCCUCUUAAGGAAUUCAGUGAGCGCUAUGUUCAGACAGGUCCUGGUCAGCUAUAUGCUUGGUCUUCCCAAAACUUCCUACAAGAUGGCUUCCUGGUACCUUUCCAGUGCAACCAUACAGUGACGUACAACACCAGCCUAGGGAGACAGUCGAUGCUGGUUCAGCUGCUGAAGGUCAGCUCGCUCAGCAUAUACUAUAGCAUUAUAAAUAAAGAGGUCACCUUCACCAUGGCCAGCUCAAUGGAAACAGAUAUCAUGGGAGACCAGUGUCCUCAGGGCUUUGUGAAAGAUAUGAAUUCAUACUGUGCAGAUGAGAAUGAAUGUGCAUUGUUGAAUCCUUGUUCACAUGAAUGCUUGAAUAAAAUGGGGGGCUUUAAUUGUGCCUGCCCUCGUGGUUAUGACUUGGCUUCAAAUGGCAGGAAUUGUACAGAUAUAAAUGAGUGCGUACAAGGCACUCAUAUGUGUCACCAAGGACAGCAGUGUGACAAUCUUGUUGGGUCAUACCGAUGUCUUGUGAGUUGCAGGGUGGGCUUCCGAAAUACAGCAGAUGGCACUGGAUGUGAAGAUGUAGAUGAGUGUCAAGAUGGCACUCAUCUCUGCCGCUACAACCAGAGGUGCGAAAACACAGUUGCAGGAUACCACUGCAGCUGUCCACGUGGCUACAGAUCACAGGGUCUCGCCCGGCCCUGUCUAGACAUAAACGAAUGUCAGAAAAUUCCCAGUCCUUGUGCCUACCAGUGUCGCAACCUUCCUGGAAGCUACAGGUGUUUGUGUCCACCAGGCCAGAUUCUUCUUGGGGAUGGCAAGUCUUGUGCAGGUAUAGAGAAGCCUGCAGUUAACGUCUCCCAUGUUCAUGGAGGCUUUCGCCCACAGCUGGUUUCUACACAUUUCAGUCAAUCAGGGCAGACUCAGACAAAUACACUAUUAACCUGGCAUCCGUUCAGUAAAAAUGGAAACAUCGUUGGACAAGUCAACAGGCAGCCAUGCCCACCAGGAUUCAUAAGACAGAAUAGCAUUUGUACCGAUUUGGAUGAGUGUCAAGUAAGAAACCCCUGCCAGCAUGAGUGUCGAAAUACCCAGGGCAGUUACCAGUGCUCCUGCCCUCCUGGAUACCGUCUAUUGCCCAAUGGCAGAAAUUGCAGAGAUGUCGAUGAGUGUAUGGAACAGAACAUUCAGUGUGGAGCAAACCAGAUGUGUUUCAACACUAGAGGUAGCUUUCAGUGCAUUGACACACCCUGUCCUGCGUCCUACCGUAAAGGAGCCAAUCCUGGUGUCUGUUACAAACGUUGUGUCUUGGACUGCAGUACCGGUGGACCUUACACACUACAGUAUAAACUUUUUACCCUUCCCCAUGGGAUCCCAGCAAAUCAUGACGUAAUCCGCCUCACUGCUUUCUCUGACCGAGGCAUCCUUCAGAAUCAAACCACUUUUACAGUGCUGGAGCGAGCUGCAGACAGUCCAUUCGCCAUCAGAACUGAGAACGGUCGUGGAAUUAUCUACACACAGCGCCAGCUGCUGGACUCCAGAGUGCACAGAAUGAAAGUUCAGGCUGUGUCAUAUGAGGAGCAAGGGAAGAUUAAAUAUCAAAGCGCCUUCAUCAUUUUUAUAGCUGUGUCAUCCUACCCAUAUUGAUUAGCUAGAAAAGACUGCAUAAGGACUCAGUUCAACCUCGCUGUAGACACUGAUGCUUUGCAUCAGAUUGCCUAUUGAUGUUAAAAUAUUUUUACCUGUUUGAAUUGUUUUUAGUAGAUUCAAUAGAGAUGAAUUUUUAAAAUAAGUUGUGUUUGACAGUUGCAAAUGGAAUAUGUGUUGCUGUGCCAUUUUGCUCACUUUUUUUGUAUAUUUAUCUAUUUGAUUGGAGAAUGUGUCUGAAUCAACGAGUUACACUUUUCAGUCUGUUCUGUAAAUAACCCCAAAUGUCACUUUUGUUGUUUUUGAAUAGAGUGAGCAGGUCACAACGUGUAGCUUAACCAGUAGGAAACUCACUGCACACUGUAUUAUAUCACUGAAUGUUAACAUUGGUUUUGCCUGUUUAUCCUUUUUAAUACAUUUGUGUUUUCCAGUUAUGAGAUUAUAUUGUUUUUCUUUGUGUCUUACUGUUUCUGUGUAAGGUACACUGUAAUAGAGAAAAUCUACAAGAUGGAGUAAGUUUGUAGCUUAAUAACGAUUUGUCCCAAACUUAAAAUGUUAAACUGCUUAACAAUUGUAUUGGCAUAAUUUCAUUCUAGGUUUUCUCUGAUUUGUAUUGGGUAAAACUUAAGAAUGCAGAUUUGCACCUUAUGCUGAAAAUAAUUGCGGCACCGUUAGUAUUCUGAGGCUUUAACAAGAAGGCCUUUGAUCAGGCUUUUGAAGGCUUUGAAUUGUGGAUUACUGUAGUACACUGCAAAUUAGGCACAUGUAUAAGGCAAUGUGUAAACUGUAACUAAGGAGUAUAGACAUUGGUGGCAGAUAUGGACCAGCCAAUGUGUAAACUGUAACUAGCAGACAUUGGUGGCACAUACGGACCAGGCAAUGUGUAAGCUGUAACUAGGAGGUAUAGACAUUGAUGGCAGAAACAGACCAGUUGGCUAAAUUGGUCUGCUUGUUUUUCAGCACAUUGAACAUACUUCAGUUUUCAUGUAACUAAGAAUACAUUACAUAUUCUAACAUCUUACUAUAAUUCCAUUAUAUAGUUUUGCAUACCUCUCAGCCUUUUACCACAACUAAUCUGGCAAAGCCAAAAAUAAUGUAAGGAAGGUGUAAAACUAGAGAAAAUUUUAAAUAUUGCUUUUGUGAACUUAUAAAGUUGAUAUAACAACUGGUUUUGCAUUAGCUUGCAUUUUCUGAAGAGUAUGACAUAUGGAUCUCAGUUGUCUGCAAUUAUUUCGUGACUUUAAUUUUCAAUGAUUUUCUUGAGUGCCACAAAUUUUAUGAGAAACACAUCAAAAAUAUGAGGCAAAAAUCUGGACAUUCUGAGAAAAUUUGUGCAGUUAAGGGAUAUGUUUGUCUCAAUGUCAUGACUGUUUUUAAUUUUGAAGCAUUCUUUUUAAAACUACAAAUGAUUUUGCAUAAUCUCCUGUGAAAAAAAUUUACUUAACAUCAGUUUUUAACUGCCCUUCCUUAAAUUUUCAUGCGUGUCCCUUCCUUUGUUCUGCACUAUUUGUCCCAAUGAAGCACUUGAACUUCAUUAAUUCCAGUGAGGUACUUCAUUAAUUCCAGUGUGGUUGUGGGCAAAUUGCUUCUGUUGCUGGCAGAUGUACCAGACAUCGGGUGGCCAUAGUAGUUCCAGAAUUCUGGUCAUGAAAUGCAUUAAAAUAAAUAAAAAAAAAAGUCUGUACUAAUUUUUGUUUUAAGGGAAGAAGGCAAUUUUUGUUUUAUUGUGAUCUUAAUUAUACACAAGGAGAAGCUUUGAAAAUCAGGUGAGCAGGACUGCAUUUUGGCAGCGUGCUAUG